CCAGAAAAGCACCGGGGAUUCGCCUUCAUCGAGUUCGAGCUGGCAGAGGAUGCAGCAGCAGCUAUUGACAACAUGAACGAGUCUGAGCUCUUUGGCAGGACAAUCCGUGUGAACUUGGCCAAACCAAUGCGAAUUAAAGAAGGAUCCUCCAGGCCUGUCUGGUCGGAUGAUGACUGGCUGAAGAAGUUUUCAGGGAAGACUUUGGAGGAGAACACAGAGGAGGCAGGAGCAGAGGCCCCCAAAACAGAGGCACAGGAGGGUGAGCCUCCUGCCAAGAAAUCCCGGGCCAACCCUCAGGUUUACAUGGACAUCAAGAUUGGAAACAAGCCGGCGGGGCGGCUGCAGAUCCUGCUGCGCGCGGACGUGGUGCCCAUGACCGUAGAGAAUUUCCGCUGCCUCUGCACCCACGAGAAAGGCUUUGGCUUCAAAGGGAGCAGCUUCCACCGCAUCAUCCCCCAGUUCAUGUGCCAGGCCGGCGACUUCACCAACCACAACGGCACCGGAGGCAAAUCCAUCUAUGGGAAGAAGUUUGAUGAUGAAAACUUCAUUCUCAAACACACAGGGCCAGGGCUGUUGUCGAUGGCAAACUCAGGCCCAAACACCAACGGCUCCCAGUUCUUCAUCACCUGUGACAAAACAGACUGGCUGGACGGGAAGCACGUGGUGUUCGGGGAGGUGACAGAGGGCAUGGACGUGGUGAGGCAGAUCGAGGCUCAGGGCAGCAAGGAUGGGAAACCGAAGCAGAAGGUGAUUAUCUCGGACUGCGGGGAGUGCCCGUGAGCUCAGCUCU